GCAAUGCUAAUAUUUAUGUCUUUAAACGGCCCUAGCUUUUAUUAACUUAAGGACCAACCUUUCUAGUAUUAGUCAAAUCAUUAGCAUGAGUGAUGCAUCAUAAGGCAGUAUCAGGAAAUGCAUUGGGUAGUUACAACUAAUUCCUUUAGCAUUCACAGAGUAUCAAAUCGCGGUACAUACAUCGAACCCAAGGGACAGAUCCUUCAAGUAGAAUAUGUGUCAUGAAUGUUCGGUAGUCAUAAUAGUCAUGCUUCAUAAAAAGAAGAAUGACUUAUAUAUUCAUGAAACAUGCAUGCCAAUUAGAGAUAUAUAUACAACCAAUCCAUAAAAAUGAACAAAUAUAUUGAUAGAACCUGGUGAGGAACCUAUUGAUACACUAAACACAAAAUUAACAACUAUAAAGAAGCUCACUUUGCAGCUUACACAACCCUGCUCCUAAAACCCAUAUUUGUAUGUCAAAUUCAGCAAAAAUAAGGGAGCAUAAUGGAAUACAUGUGAGAUAAUGGGCCUGGAAAGAAAGCUACAUAAGCAGGAGAAUGUGCUUCUUUCAUCAAGUGGUGCUUCCUUAGAGCCUUCAUGGCCUGCUUGAUGGCUUCCCUUGCAAUCUCCACCAGCGACCUGAAACAGAGAAUUGAUCAAAGUAAAUCAAGGACAUAAUAUACAGAACUUGAUCUCAACUAAAUUGUAAGUAAAAAAUACAGGGAAUUCAGUAACCAACUGGUAACUAUAUUUUCUGCCUUGAGUAGGAUCGUUGUCUAGGGAUGUAAUUAAGAAAGCUUACAGUGAUCGCAAUUGUUAAUGAAUGGGAUGGAAACGAAGCUAGAGGAACGGGGGAAUGAAAUAAGAAAAAGAAUUGAAGAAAAAAAAUAAGAAUAACCAUCGGUUAGGGAAGUUUGGUAGGAAAAAUGGAGAGGGAUAGUGGUGGUUGUGCAGAGUUCUGUCAAGGGUUUGAGGCCGGCAAUCUUUGUGGUGAACUGAGGGUACAGUUAGAAAUCAAGGAGCUACAGUAAACGGCACCAACGAAAUCUUUCCCUGUGGAUUCCUUAAAGACACUACAAAUUCAAUCCACGUAGGAGAGGUUGAUCCAUCCUCACCGGCUUCAAUGGAGCAUACUAGGUUUUCCUUCGCUGCCAGAUAUCAUUUUUGAAACUUCGAACUAUCUCUAAACUCCCAAAUCCACUACCAAAAGUGUCACCAGUUUCUUCGAAAACGAAAGAACAAAUCCUUCUGAUUUACUCGACCUUUAAUCACAACUAAUCAGCAAGAAAGAUGGGUAUGCUCCAUUUUUAACCUGGAAGUGAGAUGGUGAUUGUCAAGGUAUCGAGACAGAAGUGCAGCAGGCUAUUGCAGAAGAAAGGAAGAAGAAGGAAUCCUGAAUGGUUGCGGAUUACAGAAGGAAGAAGCUUAGAAGAAAACGUCGUCGUUAUGUUUAAAGCUUCAGUCACUCUUAUUGUAAACGCAGCCGUUUUGCUUUAUAGUUGUUAGCCGUUAGAGAAGCACUGUUAGCUUCUUAACAGGCCAAUAGUUUUUGGACACUUGUUAAACAUCUGCUAAUUUCAUUUCUUGCUAUAAAAAGCAGAGGACUCAGCUGACCAAGCUGAGCUUCCUCUUCCCAAAUUCUCUUGCAAAUUCACAUGGUAUCAGAGCAGUGUCAGCUCUAGGGUUUUUCUCUCGUGUCACAGCCGCCGCCAUGUCUGGACAAAACUCACCAGGCUCAGGGCAAAGGUCGACACAGUCCACUGGAGCACUUGGGACUACAGCAGGAGUACAGUUUGGGUCGUUCAACCAGGAGAACCUUCAGAAUGAGACGAUUGUAUUCGGUAACCCAUUUUACCUCAACCCGAAUGAAAAUAUGUCGAUCUCUUUGGUCUUUGAGUUGUUUGAUGGUUCCAACUACUCGAUGUGGAGUAGAUCUAUGCAAAUGGUUUUGAAAACAAAGCAUAAGGUGGGUUUUAUAGAUGGAACUAUAACCAUGCCUCCUAGAGAUUCAGAUCGUUUUGCCUUAUGGGAUGCUUGUAAUACCCUAGUGCUGUGUUGGAUUCAGAAUUCUGUGGCUAAGGAUAUCAGGAGAUCUGUUCUUACACACAGUAAUGCUAAGGCAUUGUGGGAUGAACUGAAAAGGAGAUAUGGAGUACCUAAUGCCCUUCGUAUCAUGAACUUGGAAGAUGAAAUAGGUGAUUGUAAGCAGGGUACACAAACCAUUAGUCAGUAUUACACUAAGGUUAAAGGGUUAUGGGAUGAGUAUGUUGAGUUUAACCCAAUUAUUCCUUGUGCCUGUGCACCUGGAAACCCCAUACCUUGUGCUGCUGUUGCUGCUUUCAUUCAAAAGCAAGAAACAGACUAUCUAAUCAAGUUCCUGAGGGGAUUAAACCCAGCAUAUGACAUUGUGAAGACACAGUUGCUGAUGCAAAAACCGCUGCCUAGUGUAUCUACAGCUGUAGAUGAUUUGUUGCAACAUGAACAGAAGUUGAAGGGUGACAAUGUGUCUGGGGGGAAGAAAUCGCAGACAAUGGUACUUGCAGUUGAAGGAGAACAAGGAAGGGAUGGCAAUGAAGGUAGACAGGGGAGGAAGUUUUGCAGAUUUUGCAAAAUGAGAAAUCACAACAUUGAGGACUGCUGGAAGCUGAAAAAGAAACAAGGGGAACAAAAGGAUGGAACGAGUUCAGGAUCCAACUCCAGUUCUGGGACACCUAGAUUUGUUGGAUCUGUUAACCAGUCUGGUACAUCAGAUGCUCAUUCAGAGGGAAGUUCAACAGCAGAAGGGAGUGGAACUCAGGUAUCUCUUGGAUUCACAGCUGAAGAGAUGAACAAACUCAGGUAUCUGUUACAAGCUGGUGCUGGCUCACCUUCUCCACCAAAUUCCCCAUCCAUAAACCACCAAGCCUUUUCAGUUUCUCAAUUCCUAAGUCCCUUCCCUAACCAUUCAGGUAAAUACAUCCUUUCAUCAUUUCAACAUACCAAAGUAGCUCCCAUUGAUCUGUGGAUUUUAGACACUGGAGCCUCAGACCAUAUAGCAUGUAGUAAAACCCUUUUCUGUGAAAGUAAACUUGUUGCUGAUACUUUUGUUUACUUACCAAAUAGUACAAAGGUAUUGGUUUCACAUAUAGGGACAGUCAAAUUACCAUCAGGACUCUUCCUAUAUGAUGUUUUACUAGUACCUAGCUUUAAUUUUAAUCUCAUUUCAGUGAGUAAACUAACCAAAGACUUUCCCCUAUCCUUACAUUUCCAAUCUGAUCACUGUGAAAUUCAGGACCUGUUAAGCAUGAAGAGGAUUGGCUUAGCAAAAGAGUCUAGGGGGCUAUACCAACUUACCUUCACCAGCAACCAGACCAAGACCUUUUCUUCAAACCAGACCAAGACUUUGCAGCCUUCACAUAAACACCAAGCAGCUUUUACAUACAAUUUUCAGCCACAAGAACUUGAUCUAUGGCACUGGAGAUUAGGCCACCCUAGCCAUGAUAGACAGUCUUUAUUACAUCAAAACAAUCCAGUUGUAACUAGCCAUAGGAUUCAACAUUGUGAGACCUGUCAUUACUCUAAACAUAAGAAACUUCCCUUUCCUGUUAGCACCAGUUUUGUUUCAGAUGUGUUUCAGCUUAUCCAUGUGGAUAUUUGGGGACCUCUUUCUACUGUUUCUUAUGAUAAUUACAGCUACUUCCUUACAAUUGUGGAUGAUUGUUCACGUGCUGUUUGGGUUUAUUUGAUGCGCCAUAAGAGUGAGGCAAGAAGUCUAUUACAGGGUUUCUGUAACUUGGUUAAAAACCAGUUUAAUACAACAGUGAAGAUUGUCAGAAGUGAUGGAGGGAAAGAGUUUGAGAUGAAUGAGUUUUAUAAAAUGGAAGGUAUUGAACAUCAAGUGUCUUGUGUUGAGACACCUGAACAGAAUGGAAGGGUGGAAAGAAAGCACCAACACAUCCUCAAUGUUGCUAGAAGCUUGAGGUUUCAAUCUGGUAUCCCAAUGGAGUUUUGGAGUGACUGCAUUCUUCAUGCAGUGUAUAUCAUAAACAGGAUGCCAACACCAAUCUUGAAAAACAAAUCCCCUUAUGAAAUACUUUACAAACAACCACCACACCUAGGCAAUCUAAAGGUGUUUGGCAGCUUGUGUUAUGCCAGUACAUUACUACAAGGCAGGACCAAGUUUGCUUCCAGAGCCAAACAGUGUAUUUUUCUAGGCCUACCACCAGGUGCUAAGGGUUAUAAGUUGUUGGACAUACAUGACUUUACAGUGUUUGUGUCUAGAAAUGUCACUUUCUAUGAAGAUAUAUUUCCUUUCAGAACUUCCACUGGCAAUGCAGAUGCUGACUUUCCACCUUCCUCUCCAUCUGUCACACCUGUGUACCCUCCUACUCAUUCUUCCCCUCCUAUUUCUAUGCCUUAUGUUCCACCUGAUCAUCCUCAGUCUGUUUCAUCCAAGGAUGAUGGGGGGCAUCCUACUGCACUGAGUCCUGAAUUGGGUGAUACAAGUAAUGAAACAAAUGACAGCAGCCACAGUUCCUUUCAUCAUCAGCAUUAUGAGUACUUUGAAUCUGAGGAUUAUGAAUUAAUGCCCCAGCAAGAAGUUGAUCUUGAUGCUGAUGCAGAAAUUGCAGCUCAAGAAAUGACAAAGAGGAAAGGGAAACUUCCAGCAAGGUAUAAUGACUACUAUCUUGAUGAGCAGGUUGGUAAUUUCAAGAAAUCUAAUUCAUGCUAUAGGUAUCCUGUUUGUUUCAAUAUGGAUCAUCUGGAUUCAUCAGACAGAAUCUAUGCAAUGAAUGUGAUGAAUAUGUUUGAACCAGUCUCUUAUUAUGAAGCUAUCAAGAUUGAUGAAUGGAACAGGGCUAUAAACAAUGAGAUAUACUCACUUGAAGAGAAUCAGACAUGGGACAUAGUCCCACUUCCAAAGGGGAAGAAGCCAAUAGGCAACAAGUGGGUAUUCAAGCUCAAACUGAAACAAGAUGGUUCCCUGGAAAGGGAAAAGGCCAGAUUAGUGGCAAAAGGGUUUACUCAAGUGUAUGGGAUUGAUUUUCUGGACACAUACUCACCAGUGGCCAAAAUCAACUCAGUUAAAGCACUUCUGGCAAUUGCUAGUGUGAAAAACUGGAUCUUAGAACAACUGGAUGUAUCAAAUGCCUUCUUACAUGGAGACCUGGAGGAAGAGGUGUAUAUGAAGAUACCACUGGGGGUGAAAGUACCAGAAUCUAAUGGCCAAACUAUGGUUUGCAAACUGAAAAAGUCUCUUUAUGGACUUAAACAAGCAUCCAGGCAGUGGUUUGCAAAGCUGACAGGAUAUCUGAUGAAACUUGGCUUUGCUCAAUCAGCUUCAGACUACUCACUCUUCACAAAAUGGGUUCCUGGUAAGGUUGUGGUACUUCUGGUGUAUGUAGAUGACAUCAUCAUUGGUGGUGAUGCUCAAAAAGACAUAAACCAAGUCAAAAUGGCUCUGAGCAAGGAAUUUAAGUUGAAAAUGCUUGGACCAUUGAAGUAUUUCUUGGGGUUGGAGAUUACUAGAAAUGAAGCUGGCAUAAGUGUAUGUCAGAGGAAGUACUGUACUGAUUUGUUGAAGGACACAGGUUACCUUGAAGCCAAAGGAUGCAAGACACCUAUGGAUUGCAAGGUAAAGUUAACUGCAAAAGGAACUUUGUUAGAAGAUGGAGAAGGAUAUAGAAGGCUGGUUGGGAGAUUGCAUUAUCUGACAAUUACAAGGCCAGAUAUAGCAUUUCCAGUACAACAGCUAUGUCAAUAUCAGAAGAAUCCUUGUCAAGAACAUAUGCAAGCAGCAUAUAGAGUUCUGAGGUAUUUGAAAACCUCACCAGGGCAAGGAAUACACUUUAGCAGCACAGCAGAAUUGAAGUUGAUUGGCUAUAGUGAUUCUGAUUGGGCAAGCUGCCCUGAUACUAGAAGAUCAGUGACAGGGUAUUGUACAUUCCUUGGAUCAUCCCUUCUCACUUGGAAGACAAAGAAGCAGACAACAGUGUCAAGAUCUUCUUCAGAAGCAGAGUACAGAGCUCUAGCACACCUUGUUUGUGAGGUACAAUGGUUGAGGAGAUUACUUGCUGAGUUAACUGUACAGGUACCACUCCCUAUAUCAAUUUACUGUGACAACAGAUCAGCAAUUCACAUUGCAGAAAACCCAGUUUUCCAUGAAAGAACUAAGCAUAUAGAGAUAGAUAUGCAUGUUACAAGAGAAAGGAUUAAGAGUGGACUGAUUAAGCUUGAACAUGUUGGAACUACAAGUCAACUGGCAGAUUUGUUCACUAAGGGUUUGGACAGAUUCAGAAUUGUUGAGUUAUUGAGCAAGUUGGGGAUUAAGAAUGAAAUGGAAUCGCCAACUUGAGGGGGGAUGUCAAGGUAUCGAGACAGAAGUGCAGCAGGCUAUUGCAGAAGAAAGGAAGAAGAAGGAAUCCUGAAUGGUUGCGGAUUACAGAAGGAAGAAGCUUAGAAGAAAACGUCGUCGUUAUGUUUAAAGCUUCAGUCACUCUUAUUGUAAACGCAGCCGUUUUGCUUUAUAGUUGUUAGCCGUUAGAGAAGCACUGUUAGCUUCUUAACAGGCCAGUAGUUUUUGGACACUUGUUAAACAUCUGCUAAUUUCAUUUCUUGCUAUAAAAAGCAGAGGACUCAGCUGACCAAGCUGAGCUUCCUCUUCCCAAAUUCUCUUGCAAAUUCACAGUGAUAGACUCCAAAAUGAAAUUGGCAGUGAGAUUGAGAACGACUUACUAAAGUGAUUCCCGAAGAUGAAGAGUGCAUUUGAGAGGAAUACAUAAUCUUGAUAAACAUGUUUUAUUUGAACAUCCAGCACCCUCGCUGCUUACUGUGACUUGGUAAGAAACUUGACACUCUUGUCUCUUGGUGAUUUCCUCCAACCAAGUCAUAUUAACAUGUUUAUCAUCAUCAAACCAUUCAACUAGAAUUAUCAGAACCUCUAUUUCACCCGUGGACAAAAUAACCUUGAUAGAAAUCUCAACUCUUUUAUGAUGCUCAACUGCAUUCUCGGCAACUAUCCUCUGAUUAUUCAAUUGCAACCUUACGUUUAAGACUCACCUUCAAUCUCAAGAUGCUUUUGAUCGUUUGCUUUAGGCUUGAAUCGAAGGUACAAUUGAAGCAAUUGCAAGACUGUCUUCUACUGCUUGUCCUCUUCUAGGAGUUUCAUGGCUUCUUGAGUCUCCCGAUUUUUGAGCUUUUCUGCAACUUCUUGAGGCUUGACUGAGUCAAGCGUGAAGAGGAAUUUAUAUCCCUUCCUCUUUAGCCUCCUCUCUAGCAAAAGAGAGCUCUCCACAGAUUGACAAUCAGUAGUAGCAGGACUGAGUUGUGUUGCACCUUCUCCGGGUGAACAAAAAGUAGAGUAUCAUUUAGAUUCAAUUGGGAGAUUGUUCUUGUUCCGCUUCAAAUCGCAGUCGCCGGGUUUCUUCACACCAAAAGCAACUGAGAUGGGUUCCUCUGCUUUCGGUUUUUCAACAGUGAGGGCUUCCUCUGUGUCUUCAUCAUUGCCUGACUUUGCUAGCGACGGUGUAUUCUCCUUGACUGGGUUGCGCUUGUGCGGUUUCUUCACAAUCGGCUUCUCAUUGCCAAGAACUACCUCGCUGUCGCCUCUGCCUCUUGGGUUUCUUCGCCUUAGUGCUCUCUUCGGAAUCUAGGUCCAAUGGUGCACGAUGGCAACGCCUUAUUUCAGAUCAAGGGCGGUGGAGAUGCUCGACAGAGCUACUGAAUCAUGAAGUCCUCGCCUCGAUCCAGGAUUUUCAACGUUGAUUGCAGAUCUACCGGCUGGAGCUCUUCUGGUAGCGAGAUGGGAAAAGAUGGUGAUGACUAUAUGAUGUUGACCGCAUAAGGUUGUAGGGAUUUGGGUGGAUAGAUUUUGUGAUUUUUGGUUUUGAGAUAUGAUGGUUCUAUUAGUUAUGGAGUGUUCUGGGUUUUGGUGGGCCUAAUUUCAGGUCCUUAAACCCUCUUUUUUAAGGAGGAUUUUAAAGCAUUGUGAUUGGCUAUUGUGGUUUUAAGUAGUUAGUGAGAAGUUAUUAGUUAAUUAGUUGUUAUGAGUAUUUAGGAAACUAUAAAUAAUAUUACAAAUU